CCCGUUCAAAAAAAAAUCUGUUGUGGAGUUUACGCCAUAUUUCGUUGCUGCCCCAUGGUUUAUGCUGAACGGUUUAAAUGAUCAACGUCUUCAAACGAGGUUGUAUUUGAAUUGAAACUGCAGUUUGGGGACCGCGGAAAGGAAGUUCUGUUUUUGUGUGGUCAUACCUACCUGCUUGUGCUUGCCUUGCUCGCAUUACAAUGGUUGCGUCCUGUAUUGACGUUUGCCUGGGUCCAUCAUCGCUGUGGUGCUGAAAAGAAACGAACCUGUGCGGCCGAAACGAACCUGUGCGGCCGUAGCGAGUGUAUGCUGCUGCGAAGGAUGAGGAGGUUUUUCUGUGGAUCUGCAGCGGUUGAAUUGCACCACCUCGCCCACUUAUUGCUGUGUUCUUGAUUUUAUCCCCCAAAACCUGGACUCUACCGGCGCAGUUUAUGAAGACCCAGUGUGGACAGUAAUGACCUCACCCUUCCAGUUGCCAGCUGGCAGUAACUACAAUGACCGAGCAUCAGAGCUGGCACAAGACAGGCAGCACACAGAGGUGGUCUGUAAUGUUCUUCUGCUGGAUAACACAGUUCAAGCAUUCAAAGUUAACAAGCACGAUCAAGGACAGGUCCUGCUGGAUGUAGUGUUCAAGCACCUGGAGCUGACGGAGAGCGACUACUUCGGCCUACAGCUGGCCAACGACUCCUCAGACAGUCAGGUUGUCUUCAUCCAUAUUUUACAGAGGUGGCUGGAUCCAACCAAACCCAUAAGAAAGCAGUUAAAAAGGGGGUCUCCACACAGUUUAAAUUUUAGGGUUAAAUUCUUUGUAACCGACCCCAAUAAACUUCAGGAGGAGUAUACAAGGUACCAGUACUUUUUGCAGAUUAAACAGGACAUACUUAGUGGAAGGCUGCCGUGUCCGUACAUCACAGCCGCUCUUCUUGCUUCAUACGCCGUUCAGUCUGAGCUAGGGGACUACAGUCAGAACGAGAACUUGCCCGGCUACCUCUCCGAAUACUCUUUCAUCCCCAACGCACCACAAGACUUUGAGAAAGAGAUUGCCAAACAGCAUCAGCAACACAAGGGACUGCCUCCUGCCCAGUCAGAGUUCAAUUAUCUAAACACAGCACGGACGCUAGAGCUCUAUGGAGUCGAAUUGCACUAUGCAAUGGAUCAAAGCAACACAGAGAUUUUAAUCGGAGUGAUGUCAACUGGGAUUGUCACUUAUAAGAACAGGGUACGAAUCAACUGCUUUCCAUGGCUACAGAUUGUAAAGAUCUCGUUUAAAUGUAGACAGUUUUUCAUUCAACUCCGAAGAGAAUUGAAUGAGAGCCGUGAGGCGCUGUUAGCCUUUAACAUGGUGAACUACCGAGCCUGUAAGAACCUAUGGAAGGCCUGUGUAGAGCACCACACCUUCUUCAGACUAGACCGACCCUUACCACCACAGAAUAACUUCUUUGCACAUGUCUUCCAACUGGGCUCCAAGUACCGCUACUGUGGUAGGACAGAGGUGCAGUCUGUCCAGUACGGCAAGGAGAAAGGCAUCAAGGACAGGGUGUUUGCCAGGUCUCCCAGUAAGCCCUUGGUGAGGAGGCCGAUGGGUGGAGGGAUGGACUGGGAGUCAGUCAGCCGGAACUCCAGAGCCUCUCUGUCUGACGACCGCCUGGAGACCCAGAGCCUGCCCACACGCUCCCCUCCAGGCACCCCCAACCACAGGAACUCCAAGUUUGCACAAGAGCGCCUGCGGCCGUCCUCCGUGGGACACCUGCUGGAUCAUGUGAUCUACUACGACCAUGCCUCGCCCUGCCCGACCUUCACCAAUCACAAGUCGGCCUCCUCAACCCAGGCCAACUCCAUCAGCCUGGAUUCUACCCCGUCACCAGACUCGGCCGUCGACGGCCAGCCGCCCGCUCUUCCCCCUAAGCAGACCAGGAGGCCUCUGUCCAGCCAGUCCCAGUCCCACUCUCAGCAGGAGUUGGACAACCACAUCAAUGAGCUGUACGACACGCCUCUGUCAGAAGACAAGACUAUGCCCAAUGGAGUGCUUCCUCAUGACAAUCUGGUGUUCAUUAAAAUGUGCCCCGAUGAACAAGGACGAUUUGGAUUCAAUGUGAAGGGUGGGCUGGACCAGAAGAUGCCUGUGAUCGUGUCCCGAGUGGCCCCGGGAACAGCGGCUGACCUGUGUGUUCCCCGGCUGAACGAGGGGGACCAGGUUGUCCUGAUCAACGGUCAGGACAUCUCAGAGCACACCCACGACCAGGUGGUCAUGUUCAUCAAGGCCAGCUGUGAGGAGAGCGACUCAGGAGAGCUGAACCUGCUGGUGAGACCCAACGCCAUGUAUGACCUGGUGGAGGAGGAGAAGCUGGAGGAUGGAGAUACGGAGUCUAACUACCAGUACUCCCCAGAGAGGGCUCCCCAGGACCAGCCUCAGGACCAGCCCCAGCCAGACCACCACCCGUCCUGCUGGAGAGACUCCAUACUACAGCUGAAAGAAGGCUUGAGCACUGGGGCCGUACAGCAACAGUUUGAUCAACUCUACCGGAAAAGGCCUGGAUUGACAAUGUCAUGUGCCAAAUUACCUCAGAACAUUUCCAAAAAUCGAUAUCGAGACAUUUCACCAUAUGAUGCAACCAGGGUUAUUCUGAAGGGCGAGGAUGGGGACUAUAUUAACGCAAAUUACAUCAAUAUGGUGAUCCCAGCGUCCAGUGCUGUUAACCGCUACAUCGCGUGCCAGGGCCCGCUGCCCGCCACCUGCUCUGACUUCUGGAGGAUGACUUGGGAACAGGGCUCCAACAUGGUGGUCAUGCUCACCACGCAGGUGGAGAGAGGACGGGUGAAGUGUCAUCAGUAUUGGCCCAACUCUGGUGCCAUCGCUACCCAUGGGGACUUCCAGGUCUCCUGUGUGACAGAAGAAGGGAAAUCAGCAUUUCUUGUCAGAGAGAUAACUCUCACACACCUGGAGAGUGAAGAGAGCAGGCCGCUGACUCAGAUCCAGUACAUGGCCUGGCCUGACCACGGUGUUCCAGACGACUACACUGACUUCCUGGACUUUGUCAGUCUCGUCCGCACAAAGAGGGAGGGCAAGGAGGAGCCGGUGAUAGUACACUGCAGCGCUGGGAUUGGUCGGACUGGGGUGCUCAUCACCAUGGAAACAGCCAUGUGUUUGAUUGAGUGCAAUCAGCCCGUGUAUCCGUUGGAUAUCGUGAGGACAAUGAGAGACCAAAGGGCCAUGAUGAUCCAGACCCCGAGCCAGUACAGGUUUGUCUGUGAGGCGAUCCUCAAGGUGUACGAGGAGGAGCUGGUCAAACCCCUGACGCCCACAAAGCUCCUAACACCCGUAGAGUCUCUGACGCCUACAAAGCCCUUGACGACCUUAGAGCCCCUGACACCCACAAAGCCCCUGACACCCGUAGAGCCCCUGACACCCACAAAGCCCUUGACGACCUUAGAGCCCCUGACACCCACAAAGCCCCUGACACCCAUAGAGUCUCUGACGCCUACAAAGCCCUUGACAACCUUAGAGCCCCUGACACCCGUAGAGCCCCUGACACCCGUAGAGCCCCUGACACCCACAAAGCCCUUGACGACCUUAGAGCCCCUGACACCCACAAAGCCCCUGACACCCGUCGAGCCCUUGACACCCACAAAGCCCCUGACACAAACACAAAGCCAGAGGUAGAGACAGAGACAGAGUCGGCUUUAGACCUCCUGGGACUGACUGACUGACUGACUGACUGACUGACUGACUGACUGACUGACUGAUUGACUGACAUACGGCUGCAUGGGCCUAAGCACCACCCUCUUCUUCCACAGCCUGUCUGUCUGUCUCCCAUUGUCUCAGUCACAAUAGUUUCUUCCCACAUCUUGAGUCUGGCAAGAGAAAGUAGUCACAUCCAUGGAGACAACUACCGACAACCACUCAAACUGGCCUGGGAGGGGAAACAAAGCACUGUUGCACUGUUGCACUUUAUGACGACAAAACGUGAUAAUUUGGAGAAUUAACGAAAGAAGAAAAAAAAAGAGCAGAAGUUACGAUGAUCAACUGGAAUUUGGGAUGUAAGCAAGUGUGCCGGAUCAAGAGAGAAGUGAGAAACAGAACAGUAGCUGAGUUGGAUUAUAUUGCUGUAGUGUCAUUACUUUCAGACAAACGUUCAUAAUGAACAGGACAACUCAAUGGAAAGUGGACUGACAUUUGUUUUCAGCCCGUCAGUGUGCCAUCACCAAGUGUCAUAUCAGUGGUUUCUUCACAGACUAGUCUUUCUGUCUUUGAUUACUCCAUAGACUUAAGAGUCAAUUUUCUUUUUUAAGUCAAAAACUAUUCGUCGUCAACUGAAGAUCUGUUCAGAAGUGGGUUGACCCUCUAUGUAAGGUCCUGGUAAAGCGCUCUGACUUCUACUCUAUGGUACUACUCAUCAUCUCGUUAUUCCCCUCAUUUGAGGCUAUAGGUUGUCUGAUUGUUUCGAUCAGAUGGGUACCUUUUUGAGCUUUUAUAUUUAUUAGUCUGCAGAUUGGAAUCAUCUCCCGUGCAAGUUAUUACAGCUCCAAGUCCUUUGUGAAGGUGUUCCAAACCAAGGUAAAGGCAGGGUAGGUUAGGUUAGGCGCAAUGGAUGCUGCUGACGGGAGGACAGCUCAUAAUAAUGGCUGAAGUGCAGUCACUGGCAUGGUAUCCACCACAUGGAAAACCACGUGUUUGAUACCAUUCCGUUGACUCUAUUCCAGUCGUUGUUAUGAGCCGUCCUCCACUGGUUAGGAGAGGCAUCCCGCCUCCUUUACCAUCUCAUUAGCUGAUUACCUGGCAUUGAGCUCGGCACUACGUGGUGGUGUUGUUGCUGGGGGUUUUUUUUGAGGCAGCUAUUCAACUUUGAUUCAAGAUGGCUCAUCAUGUGAUGUUACAUCGGUCUCUCCAAGAUACUAUACGACUAGCCCAAAUCUGGGUAGUAUUUUUAUGCUGGUUUUGUUAUUGCUUGUAACAGAAUGAUCUUGACAUGCUGGAUUGGGUUGGUACAGUACCUAGAUGGUUUAUCAAGUGUCAUUGCAUCAGAUUUUGAAAUUGAAUAUGAGGUAUUCAGAGCUCUCUGAAUAAGAGUAUUGUGGGAUUUGGUACCAUGGUACUGUACAUCAGGAUUUUAGGCUGUUGGUGUACAGUACAUACAGACGAUACAUACAUUACAUAAAAAGACUGAGCUUUCAGGACCAAUAGGUUUUUAGCCUUGUGAGUAAAAAGAAAUGUUUUCAAAUUAACCAUGUGUUGAAAAGGCUCAAGCUAUAGAUUUGCUUCUGAUAUUUUUUCAAAGAGACCCUUUUUGCUUCUUGGGAAUGGACAGCACUUUUCAACUGAACGUGUAGCAUAUUUGCUGCUAUGCAUGAUUAGACCCCCCCAAAAUUAUUUUGGAAUUGUAUAUAAUUUUAUCAACUUUUGUUGGAUAUAGACACCACUAUAGGACAUGUAAGCUAUAUGGUGUCAUCUAGAUUUGUGUAAUGUAACUAGUGUAAAUGUACUAUGUUAUAAAUGAAGGCUUAAUGAAAUUAAAAUAAUGUGAUACAAAGUUAUUUUUAUAAGAACAGAAAAGUUCAAAACUUUUCCACUGUAAAGUCCUUCUGGAUUUAGAAAGUAUUGUUAUGGGAAAGCAUUGCAAUAGAUGUAUGCUGUGUAAAAGUCCUCUCCUUAAGUCCAGUGGGAGCGGAAAGAGUUGGGACGGCAACAUGAAGCUCUGUACAAUGACAAAUAGAUUCAUUAAUCACCAUUAAUACUGUUAUUUUUUUGACAAUUGAAACCCACAUAGUGAUAUUAUUCCCAUGAUUUCUGAUUGAAUGAAUGUGAUUGUGCUUUUGAAAUCAGAAAGCUGGCUUGGUUGGCUUGGUCAAACAUGUCGCUGAUACUUCUGCAGUGGGUUUACGCAGUACCUUGCUGACAAUGUUUACAAUGGUUUGUGAGUUAGUUUUGUGAUUUAAAAAGGAUGUGUAUCUACUGAAAGUCUGUGUGUUUACAAAAGCUGUUGUGCGGUGGGGAACUUUGGCCCAAUCAGAUCGCUCACCCCUGCGGCCCAAAUGGCACCCUAUUCCCUAUGUAGUGCACUACUUUUGACUGGGCUCUGGCCCAAAGUUGUGCACUAGAUAGGGAGCCAUUUGGGACUAGACCGUGUCUAUCACUUCACCAUGAAAUAGACUGAGGCACUGGAAUGUUUAUUUUACCAGGUCGUCCCAUUCAAGGUCCAACACCUCUUUUUCAAGGGAAACCUGGAUCAUAUGUUUGGUUUUUAUUGCGCAAUGCUGUUCUACCUGAUCAUCGUCAUCAUCACUUAGUAAUAGUACAACAUUCUGCACAACUGUGAUGUAAAUAUAAGCUUCAUCUGUGAACUAGUGAAAUAUAUUUCAAGAUCAAUCAGGAUGAUGAACAAAUGUAAUGUUUGUGGUGAAGCUGUACAGAAAUUGAAUGUAUCCAUUUCAGUCUUUUAGUUGCUCGAAAACGUAAGGGAUGUACAAUUUGACUUUUGAGGGGAAAUAUUUUUCAUACUACUGUGCUUGUAAAUGCAGGUAAAUAUCAUAUUCUCAAUUGUGUCUCAAUGGGCUCUGCCUGGUCUUCGACAGUGUUUUUGUUGUAAAUAGGAGCCAUAUCAUGUCAGUGAAGUGCCAAUGUACUGUAAGUAAAGUCUCAUUUCUGCUGUA